UUAUCGUCGUCGUUCACAACCAGUUCGUCAUCGUCAGCGUAUGCGCAUAGGGCGUCAUGUCUGUCUGGUGACCUUUGACGAUAAUACAGUUAUAUUCUCCGUCUUUUAUAAUAUUAUAUUAUACUUUUGAAUGCCACUAAUAACGCUCAAAUUGAAAUAUCGUUUAUAUCGCGUAAUGUUCCGGUGGUUCGUUUACACCACGUCUUAGUUUUAAUACGCUUAGUCGACGGUACAUCGUGCCAUCGUCCGGCGUCGUCAUCGUGACUUUUAAUUGUACCCUUUAUAAUUAUUAAUAUCAAAAUAUUAUAAUUCGCUGUCGGCGCGUGUGCAAAACACACACACACACACACACACACACGACACACAUAUACGACAAAUAUCAAUUUCCGUCUGUUCGAGGUGCCGGCACCGAUUCAUUUAUAUCUAUACCAUAUAGGACCAUAUAGGUUAUUGGUUGCUGCCACCUAGCCGUCUGGACUGUCAACAGCCGUUAACCGCAAACGAGCUGCCGCCGCCGACACCAUAUCAAAGAAUUCGUGGACAAUUGAUAAGCUGAAUCCAUCAACAAGCCGUUAUUGCAAAGAGUGGAAUAUGAAUCAAUGGGAAAACGACACUAAUUCUUCUCCUCAAUCUCAACAAUCAUCGUACAGACUCAUCAACAGAUUUAUCCGUUUGAAAACUACAUAUUGGAACAGAGAAUAUGCAAUAAUUUUGCUCGCGUAUAUAGGUUUAACAAUUGUGCACGCUCAAUUUAGUAUAUACUAUGAGUAUUUCAACUUUUUGGUAGAUAAAAAAAAAGUUGACCCUGCCAGUUUUGAUUACUUAAGUUACUUCGGCUAUGGGUAUUUAACCAGUUUCAUACCUGCCGGUGUCUUGACUACUGUUUAUCCAGCUCACAAUAUUUAUGGGAUUUCUGUCACCAUUUCGUCGAUUGGUUAUUUAAUCGCAGCCACGAGUGUAUGUUAUGUAAACGAUCACGCGCAUUUCGUCUUACAAUUCUUUAUGGGAAUGGCAUUGGCCGCGAUAAGAACAGUGAUUGAAAGGGUUUGGACGUAUUGGGUGCCGCUGGAUAAGCAGAUUAUACGUCACGUUCCAGUAGUACUGCACGAUGUGCUACACAAAGGCGGAUAUUUUCAAUACAGCAUUAUCGAUCUACAACACAUAUAUUCAUCUUAUACUUUAAGUCUAUCGAUGGGACUGAUGGGGUUGGCGUGGUACGUUCUGUGGUUCUACGUGGUCAAUGGUAACCGAUUUCGGAGCCCGAACUUGGAUAUCGUUUUGUUUGGAGGUUCGAACAGCCGGCGAUAUUCUUUUGAAACGUCCGGUUUUUCGUUAAUCCGUUCAAUCGUUUCGGACAUACCGUGGAAAUCGUUGUAUACUUCUAAGCCCGUCCUCGUGAUUGCUCUAUUAUACGUGUGUGACGCUCAAAUAGUUUAUAGUAAAGCAGAUGGUGAUUUCUACGCUAACGUAAUUACUGAAUCACAUAUGAGAAACUACACUUUCAUUAUAUUGCUUCUCGUCGUCGUCCUGGCCGAAUUAUUUCCAGAGAUUAUUAUAUCCACUUCCACCACCAACAUCAGAAAGUUUUGGACUUGCUUAUAUUUUGUUUUAAUGAGCAUAUAUUUCUUUCUAGAAUCCAUUAUUGGCAACUCUUUAAAAACCAAUAAAAUUUUACAUUUUGUGCUUAUAGUAGUAGACCUUCUUUAUAAUUCGUUCGGGUUUUACUUAAACCAUUUGGAUAUCGCGCCAAUCUAUGCUAGCUUACUUUUUAGUCUACUGUUGAGCAUGUUUUUCAUUUCCAAUUUUUUUUUGAAACCAAUUCUACAAACAAUAAUCAAUUCUAGGAUACUAGACGAUGCCGGAUCUGAUAUGUUUUUGGCAGUAGUAUGUUUAGCGUUGGCAACGUCCUAUGCUAUUUUCGCUUCUGCGGAAAUUCAACCAUGGGCAGCAGACAAACCAGUUGAAGAAAAUCAACAAGAUAUAAUUGAAAACGACGAUCUACCAUCUGUGUGAUUGACUGAUAAAAUACAUUUAAUAUUGUAAACAAAACGCAUUACACUUUAAUACGUAAUUUAGGUAAUACAGAUAACACAAUUAUUUAUUAUUAUAGAA